CUUGACAGCACAAAAGAAGCAGGCUGCUUCAAUAAAUUCCCUCACCGAAAAACAACUUGUACCAUACAAAAUCAUUACUCUAUUUAUUCCAUCCUUCUUCCUCUCGGCACAAACCGUAACCCAGGCCCCUUUCCAUUCAUAUUUUCACAAACCAAGGACAGCAGCAGCCCUCUCCAUCUUCUUCUUCUCGUACAAGAAACCAGGAGCCAGCACCACCUUCCUUCCUCCCCUCUCUCGAUCAAGCAAGCAGCUCGCGGCCGAGCAUCAUCGUCACUCUCCUCCUUCUCGUCCAGUAAACAACUGAGCAUCACCAUUCUUCUCGUCAACAAGCAACAGCAGCUCCAGCUCAUUUCCCUCGCAUCAAUACACGUCCAGAGUUGCGACGGCGAUCCCGACGUAUUGUACUUCAACGAAGCUUCAAAAGCUUGGUACCAUCUCGAAGAGGACAAUCCCAGGAAUGUCACGGAGUCAACGAAACUAAAUUCCGACGUUAGACGAGGGAGAACGGAGCUACGAAAGUUUGAGACGUGAGCUGAAACGUCCAGGUUUAAGGUAGCAAUCGGAGUAAGGGUUCCACAUCAAGGGAACUAAGUAAUCGCCACAAGAGAUCGUAGAGGAGGAGAUCAAGAUCAGAUAGUUCGUGGACAACAGGUUAAAGGGGCUCAACAUUAGCGUCGUUAAAGAAUGGCGGACCAAGCAUCAGACUGAAUGCCGAAUUUGUCUCCGUCCACCACUCCUCCGUCGCCGGCAGAGCUAAUGAAGAAUCGAUCAGUUCCAAGAUGGCAUCAGCAGCAGCUUGGGAUUAAAGAUCACACACUGCAGAGGAGCUGCUGCUGAAGUUGAAGAACAGAGCACAAGGGAAAGGAACGUCGUCGUUCUGGUCUCGUUCAAAGGCAGGAAGAGGCUUUGCUCCAAAGGAUCAGAACGGCAGCGUUCCACUUGGGCGUUGCUAUUGUUUUAUGUUUUACACAUGUACAGCUUCUAUAGGC